AUGGUAAGAAAAGCUAGAUCUUUCCAUUUUACCUUAUCUGAAAAGCUUGAUUCACUAAAGCUUGGGAAGCCAUACAUGAAAAUUCUUGAAGAACACACCAAUAAACAUUCAGUAAUAGUGGAAAAGAACAGAUGCUGGGAUAUCAUAGCAGUUAACUAUAAUGCAAUUGGAGUAGACUGCCCUCCUCGAACAGUGCAGAGACUGUAAACUCUUUACAAAAGGCUCAAAGAAUAUGCCAAACAGGAGCUAUUGCAGCAGAAGGAGGCCCAGUCAGAUUUUGAAAGCAAUAUUUCCUAGCCAACUAAGAAAGUUAUGGAGAUGAUUCCCCGGAUUUCCAGUUUUUGCCUGAUAAAAGACAGGAACCACAUACAUAAGAUAAUGUUGGAUCACCAUCCUGUUGUUAUUACAGUGGAUGUAAAGCAAGAAGAAGAUAUUAAACCACCUCCUCCACUGGUUUUAAAUCCUCAACCUAGUAAUACUUUAGAGCAAAGAGAAGAACAUGAAUUAAUACAUGUUAUGGAAAGAUCUUUGUCACUAUCACUUUCCUCUGUUGAUAUUAGAAUGACAUGAUCUCCAUCUUCUCUUCCAAGGAGAGAUAAUUGUUUUCAUCAUGAGAGUGGAGCACACAUUAGGUCAUUGUCGGAUACUCAGAUCCUGCAAAUGUUGAAAGAAGAGCAUCAGAUAAUUUUAGAAAAUAAAAUUGGAUUAUAUGUUUAGAAGAGGGAUGGACUGAAAAGAAGGCAGCAGCUAGAGGAAGAGCUACUAGGAACAAAAAUUGAGGUGGAGAAGCUGAGAGCAAUUCGCUUGUGACACGAUCUACCUGAAUAUUUUAGUCACUAAGUUUGUUUUGCAAUCUUACAAUUAGAUAAUUUCAGUUUUGGCCAAAUAUACUUUAAUUUGGGAUUAUCCUAAAGCAGAAUGCAUGUUCUUAAAUAAUGCUGAUAUCUAUUGUGAAUAAUUUUGUCAUGAUUUUCCUUUUGAAUUUUGACAUGAUUUUUAAAUUUAAUAUUCUUUUUAGAUAUUCAGACUUAGUGAUUGAUCUCUGUGGUAAUAUUUUUCAUUGUCUUUCCUCUUUUUUU